UCCUCUCAGACCCAAACAUCCGGACGGUGGUUGUCACUUUCCUCUGGUCAGAAUGUCUAAGCUGCAGCUGCUGAGGACGCUGGUGACGGAGAGAUUGACGGCGGCGGCGGAGGAGAUCCUGGUCCUGGUGGAGAGAGUCAUGGUGGAGCAGCAGGAGGAACUGGUCCGGCGGUACAGCCCGGUGGACACGGCGCCGAGUCCGGCCAGAGGGCAGCCGCAGAGCCGCGGAGCCGCUGACACAGGUCCGGUUCAGUCCGGCAGCACAGACACUCGGGGUCUCGACGGCGUCAUCCUGCAGCAUCCGGAGUCUCCCAUCAUUAAACAGGAGGAGGAGGAAGAGGAAGAAGAGGAGGACUGGAUGGCUCCGCAGCUCCAGGACGAAGAUCCCGACCAAGCAGAAGACACCAAAGAGUUCAAAAGAGAGCAGCCAAGAGACGACUCUGAUGAGGCGGUGAAGGUGGAGGUGGAGGAGGACAACACCCGGCCCAGCACCUCCUGUGGGGGGGCCGAGGCCCCGCCCUCGGAGGCGGACCUCACCGGCAGCAGCGGCUCCAUCUGCUGUAAAGUUUGUGGGAUGAUGUUCAGCUACCGCGGCUCACUGAGAAACCACGCGGAGGUCCACGCCAACGAGGAGCACUGCGUGUGCGGCGUGUGUGGCGAGCUGCAGCCUGACAAGCAGAACCUGCUGGAUCACCUGCAGACGCACCUGAAGGUCCACGUCUGCAAGUUCUGCAGCAAAACCUUCCGACGGCGCGUGGAGCUGGAGGUGCACACGCGCACACACACGGGCGAGAAGCCGUUCGGCUGCAGAGUCUGCGGCAAGUGUUUCAGCCGCAAGAGCAACAUGGAGAUCCACAUGAGGACGCACACGGGCGAGAAGCCGCACCGCUGCGACGUCUGCGGGAAGUGCUUCAACAUCACCUCGUCCAUGAUCCGCCACCUCAGGACGCACUCCGGGGAGAAACCCUACAGCUGCCGCGUCUGCUUCAAAGCCUUCGCCGCCAGCUCCGACAUGAAGAUCCACAUGAGGACGCACACCGGCGAGAAGCCGUACAGCUGCCCCGUCUGCGGGAAGGCCUUCAUGCUCAGCACGCCGCUCAAAUACCACAUGAAGCACCACACGGAGGAUCGGCCGUACUGCUGCAGCCGCUGCAACAGGAACUUCAGCGACGUGUACACGCUGCGGCGGCACAUGAAGACGCAGGACUGCAAGAGGAAGACGUACGUCCACAUUUCAGCGCUGACGGAGACGCAGGACUGAGGACAGCCGCGGAAUGGACCUGUAGGCGACUGAUUGUGGACCUGAACGUCAUGAUGACCUCAUGAUGUUAUGACAUCAUCACGAUGUCAUUAUGAUGAUGUCAUGACGUGAUGUGACACAUCAUGAUGUCAUAACGUGUCAUGGACGAUGUGAAACAUGAAGAUGUCAUAGCGGCGUUAUGGGCAGACCUAGCCGGCAGCAGCGGUCGCUCAUAAUGUCAUCAUGCUGUCACAAUGAGGUCAUAGUGACAUCAUUGUGAUGUCAUAACAACUCUGUGACUGCUGUUCUGAGCAGAAUAAAAAAAUCUUUA